GGUCAUGUUGUUUUAUCCGAAAUUCAGACAACUCAAAUUUAAAAAAUCCAAUUUGUUUUUAUUUUUGGUUUUAUCUGUGGCACUUUAUUGCGUUAUUCACAAUGGGGUAAUACUUAUCCAAGUAACAAGAUUUCGAGCUGAAUUUAAUGUACCAUAUAAUAACUCCAUUCAACCCAAUUACCAGGCAGUCAGCGUAGAUUUCGGUUCCUCGGCAACAGGUAAAAUUCUACAAAAAAGGAGAAAUCAUUUGCUGUCGUAUUGUAGAGGGAAGGAACUGGACACAGUGGGACAUAAUACCGAUGCAGUUUUAAAAAAUCAUUUUUUCCAUGAUAUAAAACAUAAAUUCGUUUAUUGUGCCGUACAAAAAAUAGGAUCUACUUUUUGGAGAAGAUUACUUAAGAUCAUUUCAGGCAAUUCGGAAGAGUCUAGUCCAUUCGAUAUAGUAAAUGAAUUUGGUAAGAACGCACCUACCUUCAACGAUGCAUCUUUCGACUAUAUUCAUGCCGUUUUGCAAGAUUCCUUGAAGUUCAUAAUCGUCCGGGAUCCAUAUUCUCGACUUUUCUCGGCUUUUGCCAAUAAGUUUUUCCUAGUCAACCCUAAAUUCAGAGCAGUAGUUGGCGGUUCGAUUAUUCGCUACACGCGAGUACAUGCAACUGAAAAGAGUCUAAGAUGUGGCCAUGACGUUACAUUUCCGGAAAUUGUCAAAUUCGUAAUUAUCACCGAGAAGCUGAAUCGGGGCAGAGAUGACCAUUUCACCCCUAUUUCUGAUCACUGUCGACCAUGUCAAAUUAAAUACGAUAUAAUUGCUAAACUGGAGACUUAUAAAGAAGAUACGUUAUAUGUAUUAGAUAAAUUAAACGCAACCAACAUUCCACAUUUAAUGGAAGACAUGCACAGAAUAGAGGAAGGUACGGAACUGGAUACCAUUGCCAUUAACUCACGUCACUUGAUAGAGGAUAUAAAAAAACUUCCUGACUGCGUAUCCAUAGCUGAAGGGUUGCGUCGGGCGUGGCGCAAUUUUCAAUUUACGGGUGUAAUAGCAAAGGAAAUUAAAUAUCCUUUAAGUGCCAAUGAAGAAGAAACUAUCAACAAUAUACAAUUACGGGAACUUUUUGAAAGGGCGUUUAGAGCAUCGGGGCCAAGAGAAUUGCGUUCAAAGAAUCGUCAGUUAGUUUUAGAGGAAGCUUAUAGUCAAGUUCCUCUACCAGAUUUGAGGGCAUUAAGUGAACUGUUUAAGACUGAUUGUGACGCUUUUGGGUACGACUGUCAACCGGAUUACAUCUUUAAAAGAACAGACAAACCCAAAUCGAAUUUUUUAGAUGUUUGGGGUGCUUGAAAAGGUAAAUGAACAUCACAUGAAAAUGGACGAACAGAUUCUUGACAAAGAUAAAUGAAAGAGCACAUUAUAUUCGCAUCCACCAGGUCAUGCAAUUACAGAAUAUUGGUAAAUUUGUGCCUGAAAUAACGUUAAACAAUUGCAGCUAUCAUUUCCGAGUCGAGACCUAUGAAAUUUGUUGUUUUCUAGAUAGUAGUUGUGUUUCAGGUCACAAAACGAAACAAUUUAAUCGAAAUCAUUAUCUCAGUAACCCUGACUAUCAUUUCAGCUGAAGUUUUAUAUUUUGGAUUGUUUGACAUUCAGUUAUAGAACUAGUCACAAUUCUGUGCAAUAUACUUACUGAGCAACGUUUCGACUAGGCUUCUCUAGUCUUUAUCAAGCAAUGAAACGUCGCGCAAUAAUAAGCCGUAAUUAAUUGUUUCCAUAGAAUUGGGACCUGUUAACCAUUGGAUUCCGGGACGGUUCCUUUAACAUUGAAUUGUUUAUAGAUUCUUGAUAUGAAUUGUUUUAAAGUAGGUUGUAAAUCAUUUAAUGACAACAUAUGGUCAUUUAUAACAUUAGAAUAAAGUAAUG